GCGCAUGUCCAAAUAGCCUCAUUUAUGCACGGUUAUCCACACGCGCUUAUUAUUUCAUAAUAUUAAACCAAAAGCACAAAAGCAGCUUUAACUGUUUUAUGUUACAAAAAUUCAAGAUGUGUCGUUACGUAAUAGCGUUUUACAAUCGUUACAAAAACAAAAUGUAUUGUUCCACGUUCGUAUUUAAUGAUGACACCGCGAGUUAAAUGUGUAAUAGAUAACAGGAUUAUGUGAAAAGUGUUGUGUGUAAGAGAAAAUGGUAAAUGACGCACAAUUAAAAUCGCCACCAAAAUCGGAUGUGCACGGAGCGAUACGCACAGACAAUGAUGUAAAUAUUGAUAGGGGUGUUAAAAUAUUGGAGUACAAGGGCAUACUCUGGACAUGUGGUUUGCGACAAAUAUGUUUAGCUGCAUUAUGGCUUCCGCUGGGUGCUUUAAUAUUUUGUUACGUGACAGCCUCUAUGUUCCAGGCAGAUGAUAUACACGAAACACAUUGUAAAGUUUACAAUGUGGUCCCGUCAAUAAGUGCAAUUACCGGUAUUAGUCCACAAAGGUAUAUUUGGAGGAUAUGCAUCGCGUUUCAUUUAGGACCAAGAUUGUUAAUAGGAUCCCUGUAUUACAAUUAUCAUAAGGAACGAAAUAGUUUUAUUGGGGAUGAAAAGGUACGAGUGCAGGCAAAUAAACUGGGAGAGGCUUGCUAUUGGCUCAAUUUGAUAGAGUUAUUAGCACUUACGGGCGUCACCUAUGUAUCUAACAGAGAAAACUAUUUUGUGCAUGAGAAAAUUUUCAUAGUUUUUAUGAUUGUUGCGUUAUUGCACAUGCUGUGUCGAGGAAGAGUGGGCGCCAUCGGAGCUGACUCGGUGACCCCCGUGCGGACCAAUAAUAUAGUCUGGACGCUAUUUUACGUGGCUGUGGCGUCGACUGUAGGGCUAGUUGUGUUUUUCUUGAGACACCGCCUUUUGUGCCGACCUCUAGCUUUCACAUGGUUCUCAGUCUGCGAAUACAUUCUGGCUACCACAAACAUGGCUUUCCAUGCGAUUGUGGUGCGCGACCUGCCACUUCACCAUCUCCAAGUUGUAUAUCCUGAUCACAAACGAAACUAGUUGCAUCUCAUUCGGUUUCUAUAAUUUCAGUAUUUCUAUCUCACUAUGUAUAAUAAUAAUUAAGUUGUAGUAUAUAGAAUAUAAACACGACGCUAAAACCUUAGAACGAUAACAAUCAUAAUACAAUUAUUAGUGACUACCUAGUAACACUAAUAAACUAGCGAAAUAAAGUAAUUAUUUCACAGGUGAAUUGCAAACUAAAAUUAGAAUCUAAGAUAAGAUACCUCGAAAAAAUAGUGAUUUUUAAUAGUUAUAUUGUUUAAGAAUCGCUUUAAGAAUCUUCCUUCUGUAAUAUAGUUUAUACAAGAAUAGUGUAGUAUUAAUUAUCACAAUAAUUCGACAAUGGGUGGCAAAUUUUUUGACAGCUGCUGAAGCUAGUAAGUAGUACCUAGUUGUCACCAAAAAUCAUUAAUUUUCGCAAAUAGGUAGUUCAUUGGCUGUGAGUUUGGACUUUGGGAGUCGUUGCUGCUGGUAAGAGCCGCGGUAAAUACGUAGACAAGCUAGUUUUCGUAAUUUAAGUAUUAAAAUGCUUGUAGACAAUAUGGAAAUUCGCUUUGAACAUAUGAGAUAGUUGAACAUUAUGUACGUUAUGGUUGAUUUAGAUUUUAUAGAACAAAAAUUAGCAAGAUCAGUUCAUUGAAAAUCGAAGGACCAAAGUGAAUAAUCUUGCCUAUACUUGCAUACAUAUCUCUAUCUGUAUUAUUAAAAGAUAAGUUUAUUUUUGAUUCGAAUCCGAAUGUAUUGGUGCAAACGUUGGUGUAUGUAACUCCCAAAAAAAAAAAAAAACUAAAAUGCCAAAAAAGUUUUUGUUGUCCUUUUGGUUGUUUGUAGAAUUGUUGUUUUUGAUGUUACUUAUCUUGACACGCAUAAAUUUGGAAAAUGAUAUUUGUAUUAGGUAUCUCGGGGAAGUUUGUUACAAUUAAAUAAAUUAAGCAAUAUUACUCUAAGAUUGUAAAGAAGAAGAUAAUACGUGAUUUUUUGUAAAUAAUUUUAUUGUUACACAAUUAUCACAAUUGUGCUAGUAAAUUUUAAUACACGUUUUAAGAUUUGAAUUAAAAUUACACUAACCUAAAUAUAAUUAUUAUAUCGUUAUGAAAUUAAAUUAGAAGCUAGUGAAAAUCGAAUAUAUUGUCAUUGUUAAAAUCGAAAAGUAAUGUUAUUCAAACCUAAAUUUAUUUAUAAUUGGCGCCAUGUUGUUUUUUUACUUCCACAAACAUUACUGAUACUUAUCUGACCUGUUUUGAUACAUAAUGUAAUUUAUUUAAUGGCUUACAUUAUAACUUAUUAUACAUUAGUACACUAACAACUUAAACCCAUUUAAUGAGUAGGUACCUAUGAUUUAGAGAAUAUUUAACUUGAAACACAAAAACUAGGUAGGUACAUGGUUAGCAUAGCGAAAGAUGUAAUAAAGACCAACAUUUGAUAUUUGAUCAUUAUUUGUACUAUAUACUUACAUUGGACCGAUGAUACAAUAAUACAACAAAACACUAUAAAAUUGCAAUGUUGCCGUUUAGUGUUUGAAACAAGCACCUCUUUCCAUGAAGGGUUAGCGUUAGCGUUUAUGUUUUGUUUAUAUCUACCUGUUCUAGUGACCUCGAGGGGUCAUGCUUGAUCCACCGAAUGAGUAGAUGAGCUCACGGGGCUCUAAUCUGUGGACGUUGCUAACACUAGUAAUACCAAGAGCGGUGCUUCUUAAAAUCUCCCACCGGAUCGGAAACUCGACCCAGUGAGAAGAUCCGGCGACAAACUCGAUGGGCUGUGUCUGUUGGUUAAUUUACUCGCCGUGCCCUUCGUCACAAGCGACGAGUUUGAUAAGAACGGUGACCAUUGCUUGUCCAAACCUCCUGAUCCACGGUUGCUUCCGAAAUGACAUCACAUGUUUUUUUCGUUGAAGGACUAUUCACAAUUACACUUCCUGAUUAUUAUCUAUGUAUAUCUUACGUUAUUUUCAUCUAUUAUUCCUUUUUUGCCUGUCAUUGCCUGAUAAUAUUUUGGAAUCUAAAUUUCAGAGUCCGUAUUUGGAAAACGUACCUAAAAAUCCAUAUUAUCAUCAUCCAUAUUAUCUGUAACCGCUGCGUUCAUCGACAGUGCGUUUCCAGAGGUCUUUUUUGUCACGCACCAUCCGGCUAUGGAAUGAGCUCCCCUCCAGGGUGUUUCCCGAGCGCUAUGACAUGUCCUUCUUCAAAAGAGGCUUGUGGAGAGUAUUAAGCGGUAGGCAGCGGCUUGGCUCUGCCCCUGCCAUUGCUGACGUCCAUGAGCAACGGUAACCACUUACCUUCAGGUGGGCCGUAUGCUCGUCUGACUGCCAGGGCAAUAAAAGAAAUAUUCAAAUAUUAAGCCAUAGUUCGAUAGUUCCGCACCAAAAUAUCAACACCGGGCGACGAUCACGCUAGUGACCAAUUAAAAAUAAAAAGACAGAAACCCAGUCAUUCGAAUCCGGUUGAUAAAGUAUUUUGUUCGUUAGUAAGAAAAUAUCUUUUUUUUUGUGAGUAAAAAGUUUGACUACGGGUUCUUCCAAUUGAAAAUGAACUGAGAACUUCCUUCUUUUUUUUUAUACAUAAAUAUAUUAAGAAUAGAUUUCUACCUUUGGCUACCGAAUAAAUAGUUUUACAUUUACCAACCAGCAACAUUACGACAACCUAAAAGAGAAUGCUCUGAUUAAAUUAAAAGAACCGAGAAAAACAAUUGAAUUUACAUCCCGACAGUGGUCAGAAGUCAUGCGUUUCGGAAAAGUGUGAGUGAGGGUUUUAAAUUAUUUUUCUUUAAUGCGAUUGGUUUCAUAAUUUUGGAUCGUGCUAGGUACAACGAUUUUGUGUUUUAAUAGGUCUCAAUAUUGAAAUAAAAGAAAGAACAGGAAGCCUGUUGCGUCUUUUCUUGAAAUAAGUUCAUAUUAUCUAAAAUAGAAGCAUGCUUACAUAUAUUAUAAGUAAAGAGUUUUUUUCAUGUCGUGUUCUGCAGGGAAUCGAAACGUUUUAAAAAUUGUUUACCAUAUUUUAUUUUAUAGGAAUUAAACGAGUUAAAUAUUU